AUGGAUUUGGAAAACGGCAAAAACAAGCAGUUUUUGGAAGGUGAUAGCGAGACACCAAGAGAAAUUUGUGACGGGAAGUACCUGGUGGGUUGUGAAAUUGGCAGAGGAGGAUUUGGGAUCGUCUACCGUUGCAUAGAUAAAGAAACUAACCAAGCUUAUGCCUGUAAAUGUAUCCUGCUGGAAGACGACGAAAUUGGUGACAAUGAUGAUGGCGAUGAUGGUGUAGACGAUGAUAUUCAAGAGGUAUAUGUUAUGAGGAACAUUCGUCAUCCAAAUAUUGUUGGACUGAAAGAUGUUCAUGUAGCAAAAGAAUCAAUACAGAUAGUAAUGGAGCUAUGCGAAGGCGGGAAUCUUUACGAUCGGAUGGCAGCACGAGGCCCUUUUCUGGAACGCACAGCUGCAAAUCUUUUCAAGACUGUUGUACAAGUAAUCGACGAGUUGCACAGGCAUGGGAUUAUGCACAGAGAUAUGAAACCACAGAAUCUCCUGCUGGUCGAUGAAAAUGAAGAUUCUGUUCUUAAAGUGUCUGAUUUUGGACUUUCAGUUUGUUUCGAAUACGGGGAGAAGUUUGAUGAGGUAGUUGGAGACAUUCAUUAUCUUGCUCCUGAGAUUAUCAAUAAAAAUUAUGGACCAGAGGCCGAUAUAUGGAGUGCGGGAGUGAUUCUGUAUACCAUGUUAAGUGGGUACAAUCCAUGGUCUGCACACACUUACGAAGAUACUGGGAGACUGAUUCUUAAAGGGGAGUUGGAUUUGAGCACAUAUCCAUGGCCAAAGAUUUCUAAGAGCGGGAAAAAACUUAUCAGGAAAGUGCUAGUGCAUGACCCAAGUAAGCGUUUAACUGCUCAACAGAUUCUUGUUCAUCCAUGGUUACGAACAAAUGCAAACAAUUGA